AUGGGACGCCGAGCCUCGGGCAGCCCCCGAGUGCGCUCCGCAGCGGAGGGGAGCGGGCGCCUCGGGGCCGCCGAGCGACUCAAGUUUGCUGCCCUCCCCGAAUGGGGGCGGGGAGGGCUAGGGCGAUCGCGGCGCUCACCCGCCGCCGGCCCUGGGAAGCCCCUUCCCGCGCCCGACAAGCUGCUGUCCUCCCCCCGCCCCGCACCGCCCGUAGCGACUGUCCCCGAGCAGAGGGGCGUCUCCCACCGCGCCCGCGCCCCUCCCGGCUGCUGCGGCGAGUGUCCGCUCCCUCCCGCCCCGGGGCCCGCCGGGCCCGGCCGGUACCUGGUCGGGGGCGCACCGAGAGCCGCUGCAGCGCCCAGCGCCGGCUCCAUCCUGGGAUCUGGAGUCAGGCUCGCCGGGGGCCGGCGGGCGGCGGCGGUGGCGGCGGCGGCGGCGGCGGCAUCCUCCGCCUCCCGCGCCCUCGGGCGCGAGCCCAGGACCUCUUGGACAGCUGAGAACGUUCUCCGGGUCGGGGUACGGGGUCGGGGACCGGAGCGCGAGAACCCCGGGGGCGCCGGGCCAGGGGCCGGGAGCCGGGACCGAGAGCGCGGCAGCCCGGGGCGCCGGAACCUCGCCGAGCGCCUGCCCGCGCUGCGUCCCGAGCCCUGGGCAGCAGCGGCGGCGGCUACGGCGCCGAGCUAG